AAUCACUACUUGAGCCUAGCGCCCAGCUCUGAUUGGCCACGCGCACGCGCAAAGCUCCCGAUUUCUCUCUGACCAUCUGGCCUUUGGACUUUUUUUUCCAAAUCUCAAGGGCCAAAUCAACCAAAAGUCCCGCCUCUCCUUCUCUCCCAUUCUUUUGCCACAUCUGGCAUUCUUUUUCCUUCGUCCUCUUCUCAACACCAACUUUCCAAAUUCUCUUGCAAUUUUUGGUUGCAAGACGCCUUUCCUAGUACAUGAUUUGUACCUAAGAUAACCACCUCAGGAUUUAAUCCACCACUGCUUCUGAUCAUGGAGAAGUCAUUCACCAAGACGACCGCCGAGGUCUUGGACCAUUUCUCAGUCUCUGAAGAGCAGGGACUGACAGAGGCGCAAAUCAAGGAAUUGAGAGGCAAACAUGGGCGAAAUGGUAAGCUCAAAUCCACUUUUGCGCCGACCUCUGAAUACAUACAGAAUCUCAACUGACAUGGUAUAGCAAUCGCCGAAGAGCCUCCUACUCCCAUAUGGGAGUUGAUUUUGGAGCAAUUCAAGGAUCAACUUGUCAUCAUUCUUCUGGGAUCUGCCGGAAUAUCUUUUGUAUUGGCGCUUUUCGAAGAAGGGGGCUGGUCUGCUUUUGUAGACCCUGCAGUUGUAUGUAUUUCCAACCCCAACACAAUGGCGCAUUUGACUGACCCCUCGCAGAUUCUUACUAUUUUAAUUCUCAACGCGGUGGUCGGUGUCUCGCAGGAAAGUAGCGCAGAAAAGGCGAUUGCUGCACUACAAGAAUAUUCGGCCAACGAGGCCAAGGUGAUUCGCGAUGGACAUGUCACCAAGGUCAAGGCAGACGAGCUCGUUCCGGGAGAUAUUAUUUCUAUUGCCGUUGGAGACAGAAUUCCGGCAGAUUGCAGACUCCUUUCGAUUCAAAGCAACAGUUUCGCAGUCGACCAGGCUAUUCUGACCGGAGAAAGUGAGAGUGUUGGAAAGGAUACCGAGCCGGUGAAGGAUGUUCAAGCUGUGAAGCAAGAUCAGAUCAAUAUUCUCUUUUCUGGAACAACUGUCGUUACGGGUCACGCAACAGCAAUCGUCGUUUUGACUGGAUCAUCGACGGCGAUUGGCGACAUCCACGAAAGUAUCGUAGCACAAAUCUCCGAACCAACACCUCUCAAACAAAAACUCAACGAUUUUGGAGACACUCUGGCCAAGGUCAUCUCAUUGAUCUGUAUCGCUGUUUGGCUCAUCAAUAUUCCUCAUUUCGCUGAUCCAUCACAUGGAGGGUUCGCAAAGGGAGCUAUUUAUUAUCUUAAAAUUGCCGUAUCUCUGGGAGUAGCUGCUAUUCCAGAAGGAUUGGCUGUAGUUAUCACCACUUGCCUGGCGCUUGGUACCCGGAAAAUGGCUGCUAAGAACGCCGUUGUAAGAAGCUUGCCAUCCGUAGAGACUCUUGGAAGUUGCAGCGUAAUCUGUUCUGAUAAGACUGGAACCCUCACUACUAACCAGAUGAGCGUCAGAAAGAUUGUAUAUAUCAAUGAAGCUGGCAACGACCUCGAAGAGCUCGAUGUUGAGGGUACCACGUUCGCUCCUCACGGAAAUGUCACCUCAAAAGGCAAAGAAAUUUCUAAUGUGGCGGGCAAUUCUGAGACCAUUUUCCAAAUGACCGAGGUCGCUGCUCUUUGCAACGAUGCACAACUUGCUUUGGACUCCAAGACUGGAUAUUACUCGAGUGUUGGAGAGCCUACAGAAGGUGCCCUUCGUGUACUUGCUGAAAAGGUCGGAACCAAUGAUACCGCACACAACCAGGCUCGAGCUGGAAUUGCUGCCUUGGACGCAUUGAACCAUGUGAGCGCGUGGUACGAAAAGAGAGCCCCACGCCUUGCUACCUAUGAAUUUUCGAGAGACCGAAAAAGCAUGUCUGUUCUGGUUGGUGACGACGCUUCGCAAAGAUUACUCGUCAAAGGAGCCCCUGAAUCCAUUAUCGAUCGUUGCACUCAUACCCUUGUGGGUGCGAAUGGGAAACGCGUACCACUGUCAAAGAGCCUCUCCGAACUCCUUCUCAAGGAAGUUGCCGAUUAUGGAAACAGAGGACUUCGUGUCAUCGCCCUGGCUAGCGUCGAAGACGUCGGAUCUAACCCUCUUCUGAAAUCCGCAAAAUCUACAUCAGACUACUCUCAACUCGAACAGAAGCUGACCCUCUUGGGUUUGGUCGGUAUGGAAGAUCCUCCUCGCCCAGAAGUCUUCGCAUCCAUCAAGAAGUGUCAAUCCGCUGGUAUUCGUGUAAUUGUUAUCACUGGUGACAACCGCAACACAGCUGAAACUAUCUGUCGGCAAAUUGGUGUCUUUGGACAAGACGAAGACUUGACCGGAAAGAGUUACACGGGUCGAGAGUUUGAUCAGCUCAGUGAGAGCGGACAGUUGAUUGCUGCCAAAACCGCAUCUUUGUUUUCUCGUGUCGAGCCAACCCACAAGUCCAAACUUGUUGAUCUUCUCCAAUCCAAUGGAGAGGUUGUUGCCAUGACUGGAGAUGGUGUCAACGAUGCUCCUGCACUCAAGAAGGCAGACAUUGGAGUUGCCAUGGGAUCUGGUACUGAUGUCGCUAAACUCGCUUCCGAUAUGGUUCUCGCUGAUGACAACUUUGCUACUAUCGAGGUUGCCAUUGAAGAAGGUCGUUCCAUCUACAACAACACUCAGCAAUUUAUCCGAUAUCUAAUUUCGUCCAACAUUGGUGAGGUUGUCUCGAUUUUCUUGACAGCUGCCAUGGGUAUGCCCGAAGCUCUCAUUCCCGUCCAACUCCUCUGGGUGAACCUCGUCACCGAUGGUCUUCCAGCCACCGCUCUCUCCUUCAACCCACCCGACCACGAUAUCAUGCGCCGAAGACCAAGAAAGCGUGAUGAACCACUUAUUGGAGGAUGGUUGUUCUUCCGCUACAUGGUCAUCGGUAUCUAUGUCGGUCUCGCAACCGUUGCCGGAUACGCCUGGUGGUUCAUGUAUAAUUCCCAGGGACCACAAAUCUCCUUUUGGCAACUCUCCCACUUCCACCGCUGCUCCAGCGAAUUUUCCGAAAUCGGCUGCCAGAUGUUCUCGAAUGAUAUGGCCAAGUCGGCUUCUACGGUUUCCUUAUCUAUUCUUGUUAUCAUUGAAAUGCUCAAUGCUAUGAAUGCCCUCUCAUCCAGCGAGUCUCUCCUUACUCUUCCACUUUGGGAGAAUAUGAUGCUUGUCUAUGCCAUCGCACUAUCUAUGGCGCUGCACUUUGCGCUCCUCUACACGCCUAUUUUACAGACUCUUUUCUCCAUCCUUCCCCUGAAUUGGAAUGAGUGGCAGGCAGUUUUAAUUAUUAGUGCGCCGGUCAUGUAAGUUCUUGAACCUUUCCCUUCCUAUCUCCCAGAAAAGAUCACUAACAUUAUGUAGAUUCAUCGAUGAGGGACUGAAGGCAAUGGAGAGAGCGCUUUUCAUACAGAAAACUAAGGUUAUUGAGGAGAGACCUAAGAUAGAGUAGAUUGGCGUAUUUUCGUUUUCGUUUUGGAUGGAUGGAGAUGCAUUGGGAUAGGGAGAUGUUGUCGUCGUUGUUGGUUUGUAGAUUACAUUAGAUUCUAUUCUUCGUGGGUAGAAAACAUAUAAACCGAAUACCCUUUUUCUUUUGUUACUUAAUCUAGC